UCUGCGCAUGCGUCGCAUUUCCAGCCUCCACCACCGACUACAUUUGUAAACACGUUUUAUAAUGCUUGUGUGCGGUCAGUUGCAACCAGCGCGCUCGCUCUUCACUUCACUAUUUGAGCUUUCUUAGCGAAUGAAACGCGCCUUUUCGACGGUCGGGUCCUGCUGGGCCUCCUUUCUUCCCUCCUUUCGGCUGCUCAUGAACUCCAAUACCCGUCAGCCCGCCGCUGGCUGCGUGAGGUCAGCAGGCGGCUUCGUUCCGCGAGUCCCCCAGCUGCUGCCUCGGGACAUUUGAAGACUCUCUCUGCCGAUGAGAAGCGUGUGGUGAAUAAUAACCAGCUAACUGCAGCGUCGCCAUGAUGUCCAUGACCUUUGGGGUGUCGAGCAGCGUGACGCUGCUGUUCGACUUCUGGAGCGUGCACGGGCCGGCAGGCAUGGUGCUGUCGGUGUUUGUGGUCUUCCUCUUCACGAUCUUCUACGAGAUCCUCAAAGUGUUUAAGUUGUGGCUGGGGAGCAGAUCUAAGUGGACUCAGCCUCAGGAUCCGUACGCGGCCCAUCAGACCUUCAACAGCGCCUCUGCACUGGAGAGCAGCCCCUCCGAGUCCUCGCUGACCCCCAUGGAGCCCCGCCCCCCCGCUCCAGACAGGAGAAAGCGCUGGCUGAUCCAUGCUGUCCAGGCAGUGCUCCACAUGAUGCAGGUGUCUCUGGGCUACAUGCUGAUGCUGUGCGUCAUGUCCUACAACACCUGGAUCUUCCUGGGGGUCAUCGUGGGCUCUGGCCUCGGUUAUUUGAUCUCCUUCCCUCUGCUGCGUAUCAUCUGAUGCUACGGACAGUUCAGAGGUCGUCUAUUUUCUGUCUCCUAUCUCGCUUUUGUUUGGGACUCUGCUUGUCGAAGGGUCUCCUUAUGACAACAACCACUUGCUCUGUGAUUUAUAGUAAAUGACGGCCGCCGCUCUGUCCUGCACCCACACGGCGAUUACAGCAGACAGACACGGCCAGCUGUCCGCUCCGCGGCUGUCGUUUGCACCUACCGCCCAGCCUUGAUAGCCAUGUUUUUGGAGGUAGGUCUAAAGGGACGUGAUGGUCUGCUGUUCAGGCAGAGCCUUUAUUUUCUCAAUCAGGAACCAUCGAGGAAGGCGAUUCAUAUGAAAUUUGCAUUUUACUCCACAGGCUGGUGCUGCUUUUGGCCCAACUCUUUUGUUUAUCCUAAAAUGCAUUUGAAUAGUUUACAGCAGAGGUUCAACCCAUGAUUGACGGCUGUCAUGAAGUUUGUGGCAUAAUACUACAGUGCUUUACUAACUUACUAACAAUUAAAGGCGUGUGACACUAAGGGUGAUUAAAUAACAUUUUAGAAAGAAUUGAAUUCAUGGUCUGCGUUUUGCAGUGCGUGUGUGUGAGGGCAGAGAUUUACAGUCAGGCGUAAGACAGGACUCAGAGGAAGGAAAUGAAUCAUACGUUAACUCAACCACGUGGUUCUGUGACAAUAAUUGACGAAACCACAAAAAAAAAAGGAGUCACGAGGCUCGCCUCUCUGGGGUUUCUGUUCCGGCAGGGUCGCCUUGUCUUGUGAGACACAGCAUUUAGAUGUUGAGCUUCUUCCUUCAAACAUGUUUUGCAAUAAAUCAGAAUGUGCCUUGGACGUCAAGAGGCAGUUUCACAACAGCACACUGACUUCAGAAAAUGGAGAGGAGGACGAAUAGCAACACACAUCAGAUUGCAGCUUGUGCAAGUGACAGUAAAAGAUGGAGUAACACUUGUACAGCUUCAAAAUUGAUCUUCAUUUUCUGGCAGGAAACUGUUGUGUAACUGCAAAUUUAUAAAAUGGCUCCUGGAAAGGACGGUGUAAUUUGAAUUUGACUUUUUAUUCUAAUAAAAAUGAAAAUGUUAAA